UACUCUUUCUAAUCUUCUUCUAUCUUGUCUCCCUCCCUCUCUGUCGCAUAUUUCAGAGCCAUGGGCUCCAUUUCCAUGGCCGUCCUCUGCUUCAUUCCUCUUGUUUUUCUUUCUUCAUGUCUCUCUGUCAUGGCCAAGCAAACUUAUAUAGUUCACAUGAAGCACCAGGACAAACCCUUCUCCUUUUCCACCCACCAUGACUGGUACUCCGCUCACCUCCAAGCCCUCCCCUCCGCCACUUCUGACUCUCUUCUCUACACCUACACUACUGCCUAUCAUGGUUUCGCCGCCUCCCUCGAUCCUGACCAAGCCGAUUUGCUCCGCAGAUCCGACGCGGUCCUCGGUGUCUAUGAAGAGACCGUUUACACUCUGCACACCACUCGCACACCUGGGUUCCUCGGUCUAGACACCGAUUCCGGCCUCUGGGCUGGCCAUAACGCACAGGACCUUGACCAGGCUUCUUAUGACGUUGUCAUUGGGGUCCUCGACACUGGGGUCUGGCCCGAGUCCAAGAGCUUCGACGACACGGGUAUGCCCGCCAUCCCGGCCCGGUGGCAUGGCAAGUGCGAAUCUGGACCGGAUUUUAGGCCCUCGCUCUGUAACAGGAAGCUCAUCGGGGCUCGGAGCUUCGCAAAGGGCUAUCAAAUGGCCGCCGGUGGUGGCUACUUGAAGAAACCCAAAGAGGCCAAGUCUCCUCGGGACCGAGACGGACACGGCACUCACACAGCAAGUACGGCCGCUGGAUCUCAUGUCGGUAACGCCAGCCUCCUCGGUUAUGCCAGCGGAACGGCUCGUGGGAUGGCCACGCAUGCGCGCGUCGCCACUUACAAGGUCUGCUGGAGCAUCGGUUGCUUCGCGUCCGACAUUCUCGCGGCCAUUGAAAGUGCCAUAUCCGACGGCGUCGACGUGCUAUCACUCUCUCUAGGUGGUGGGUCCGCCUAUCACCACGACAGCAUCGCCAUCGGAGCAUUCUCCGCCAUGGAAAGGGGCAUUUUCGUGUCUUGCUCAGCCGGGAACAGUGGGCCCAGGAGAUUCUCAUUGGCGAAUGAGGCCCCGUGGAUCAUGACGGUUGGGGCCGGAACUUUGGACCGGGACUUCCCGGCUUUCGCUCAACUCGGAAACAAAAACCAGUACACGGGAGUAUCUCUUUACAGUGGGCAGGGAAUGGGAAAUAAACCGGUGGGUUUGGUCUACAAUAAAGGGAGUAAUAGUUCAAGCAACAUGUGCUUGACCGGUUCACUCGAACCGUCCUUGGUACGUGGGAAAGUAGUGGUCUGCGACAGAGGGAUAAAUGCACGCGUGGAGAAGGGAGCGGUUGUACGCGACGCGGGUGGGAUUGGGAUGAUACUCGCGAACACAGCGGAGAGCGGUGAGGAACUGGUGGCAGACAGUCACCUGUUACCGGCCGUGGCUGUUGGGAGGAAGACUGGGGAUUUGAUAAGGGAGUACGUGAUCUCGGAUCCGAAUCCAACGGCUGUGCUGAGCUUUGAAGGGACAGUGCUGGACGUGCGGCCAUCGCCGGUGGUGGCAGCGUUUAGUUCUAGGGGGCCAAAUCUGGUGGCGCCUCAGAUUCUGAAGCCGGAUGUUAUUGGGCCAGGUGUUAACAUCUUGGCGGCUUGGUCAGAGGCCAUUGGACCCACCGGGCUGGAGAAGGACACCAGGAAGACCCAAUUCAACAUCAUGUCAGGUACAUCAAUGUCUUGCCCCCAUAUCAGCGGGUUGGCUGCAUUGCUCAAAGCAGCCCAUCCAGAAUGGAGCCCAAGUGCAAUCAAAUCUGCUCUAAUGACUACUGCCUACAACCAAGACAACACCAAAUCCCCUCUCCGGGAUGCUGCCGCUGGUGGAUUCUCCGAUCCAUGGGCUCACGGCGCCGGGCAUGUAGACCCUCAUAAGGCCCUCUCUCCGGGCCUCGUCUAUGAUAUCUCACCCAACGACUACGUUGCCUUCUUGUGCUCCUUGGGCUACACCAUUGAUAAGGUCCAAAUCAUUGUCAAGCGCCCCAAUGUUACAUGCACAAGGAAGUUUUCCGACCCUGGACAGCUCAAUUACCCGUCGUUCUCCGUUGUGUUUGCGAAAAAGAGGGUUGUUCGAUAUACUCGCGAAUUAACGAACGUGGGGGCAGCCGGGUCGGUCUAUGACUUAGCCAUCAGCGCACCAUCAGUUGUGGCGGUGACGGUGAAGCCCACAAAGCUUGUUUUCAAGAAUGCAGGGGAGAAACAGAGGUACACGGUUACCUUUGUUGCCAAGAAAAGUGUACCUCAAACGACUAGGUACGAAUUUGGUUCAAUUUCUUGGAGCAACAACGAACAUCAAGUAAAGAGCCCUGUUGCUUUUUCAUGGAAUUUGUUGACAUCCUAAGCUGUCUUUGGGUGUUUGAUCUCUUCUCUUGCCUUCUAUGUAAUUGGGCCCGUGAGUGUGUGUCAAUGGAGUUUGUCACUGAGGUUGGGAAGUUAGUGUGACUCAACUUUAAAUGUUUAUUGGCACGCUGAUGUUAGUCUAAGACUGUUUCCUUCUGUGGACAACCAUCAUUUGCAUAGUGGGAGUUGGCCCAAACCUUCAAACCAA